AUGACCAAUACCCCUAGGGGCCCCUCCAGGGGGCCCCCCGCCUCGGGGGCCCCCCAUGGGGGCCCCCCCAAAGCCCCUUUAGGGGGGCCCCCAGGGGCCCCCCGCCCCUCAUCUGCUGCAGUCGCUGCUCCUGCGCAGCGGAGAACCCAUAAGGGUACCAGGGGGCCCCCUAGGGGCCCCAAAGAGCCAUCAGGGGGCCCCCCUACUACCCCUGCUAAUACUGUGGGGGCCCCCAGUGUAGGGGGCCCCACAGGGGCCCCCCCGUCCAACCCUUCAGGGGCCCCUCGUCGGGGCCCCCGGGGGGGCCAUUCUGCAGGCCCUUCUAGGGGGCCCCCCCGCUCCAACCCCUCGGGGGCCCCACCAGGGGGCCCCCUUGGGGGCCCCCUUUUGAACCCUCCUGAGGCAUCCCCUGGGGGCCCCUCUGGGGGCCCCUCAGGGGCCCCCCCUUCUAAACCCCCUGGUACCCUUUCUGGCGGCCCUUCAGUUCCCCCCGGCGGUGAUCCUCAUGGGGGCCCCCAGGGGGGCCCCCACAAGGGCCCUCAUCAGGUGGGGGCCCCCAAGGGCCCCCAGGCAGGGGGCCCCCAGGCAGGGGGCCCUCAGAGAGGAGGUCCCCGCAAGGGUCCCCAGGGGGGGCGCAACAAGGGCCCCCAAGGGGGGGGCCCCCCUGGGGGCCCCCCUGGGGGCACCGUGCCUGGGGGCCCCAUCCCUGGGGGCUCUGUCCCUGGGGCCCCCCCCGGGGGCCCCGCCAAAGGGGGCCCCGCAGGGGACCCCGUCCCUGGGGGCCCCCCUGGGGGCGCCGUCACUGCGUCCCCCCCAGAGGGCCCCGUCCCUGGCGGCCCCCCUGGGGGCCCUAUCCCUGGGGGCCCUGUCAGUGGGGGCCCCCCAGGGGGCCCCGUCCCUGGGGGCCCCUCAGAGAGCCCCAUCCAUCGGGGCCCUAUCCCUGGGGGCCCCGUCCCUGGGGGCCCCCCCGGGGGCCCCCCUGGGGGCCCUAUCCCUGGGGGCCCCCUCCCUGGGGGCCCCUUGAAGGCAGCAACAGCAGCAGCAGCAGCAGCAGCAGUAGCAGCAGCAGGAGUGGGGGGGAGAGGCAAACCGGGACUCGGGCGGUGGAAGAUAGGAAAGAUGCAGCAGCAGCAGCAGCAGAAACAGCAGCAACUGCAGCAGAAACAGCAGCAGCAGCAGCAGAAACAGAAACAACAGCAGCAGCAGCAGCAGCAGCACCAUCACCACCACCACCACCAGCAGCAGCAACAACAACAGCAGCACCAGCAACAGCAAUAG